AAAAAUUAAAUAAAAAAUUUCGUUUUCGUGCACAACGCAUAGCACAAGUUCCUUCACCUUCCUCCUCGCAGUGGUGAACCAGAACCCAAAAUUUCAAAAAAAAAAAACCGAAUAAUUUAUCAAAUGGAUUCCAAUAACCCUUACGAGAUCGUCGACGAAGACGAUGAGGGAUUGGAUUGGGAAGCAGUUGCAAUAGCAGCCGAUGCCGCUUGCCAAAUGAAUAGUGAAGCAAAAUCAAAUGGAAAUGAAGCGGAAAAGGUUUAUCAAAAGGGGAAGGAAAAGGGAAAACAAUCCACUCUUGAUAAUUUCGUUCGAAUAUCGAAAAAGGGAACUGAAACGAUUCAUUGUGAAGAAAAUGAUGUUGAAGAAUCUACGUGCACUCAUCUCAUUGAUACUGAAGCAGCCAAAACUUGGAUAUACCCAGUUAAUGUUCCUCUCCGUGACUAUCAAUUCCAUAUUACUCAGACUGCACUCUUUCAAAACACAUUGGUCGCUUUGCCAACAGGACUUGGCAAAACUCUCAUUGCCGCUGUUGUCAUGUUUAACUACUUUAGAUGGUUUCCUGAAGGGAAAAUAGUAUUUGCUGCUCCUUCUCGACCACUUGUCAUGCAACAGAUAGAAGCAUGCCAUAACAUUGUGGGGAUACCUCAAGAAUGGGCAGUUGAUAUGACUGGUCAGUUAAGUCCUCCCAAAAGAGCUCGUUUGUGGAAAACAAAGCGAGUUUUCUUUGUCACUCCACAAGUUUUGGAAAAAGACAUUCAAUCGGGUAAAUGUUUGGUGAAGUACUUGGUAUGUUUGGUGAUUGAUGAAGCUCACAGAGCAAUGGGAAAUUACUCUUAUUGCGAAGCAGUUCGUGAGUUAAUGGCUGUACCGGUGCAACUAAGAAUAUUAGCAUUAACUGCAACACCAGGAUCAAAGCAGCAGACCGUCCAGGAUGUUAUUAAUAAUUUGCAUAUCUCCAAGCUCGAACAUCGCAGUGAAACUGACCAUGACGUUAUUUCAUAUGUUCACGACAGGAAGUUAGAGUUGAUACAGGUUGCAAUGGGCCAAGAUGCUGUAGAAAUAAACGAUAAGUUUUUGGAAGUGAUACGCCCUAUUGUAGCCAGGCUUACUAAAAUUGGGGCCAUUCAGAAUAGAGAUUAUCGUACUUUGAGCCCUUGUGUAUUACUUGAAAUGAGGGAAAAGUUUCGUCAGGGGCACAUGCAAGAUCUUUCACAUAUCAACUCUGGAGACGUUGAAGGGUAUUUUGGAGUUCUUAUUACUCUUUAUUACAUCCAUAAACUGCUUUCAAGUCACGGAAUAAGGCCAGCAUAUGAGAUGCUUGAAAGAAAAUUGAAGCAAGGGUUUUUUGCAAAAUAUAUGAGUAAAAAUGAAGAUAUUCUGAAAGCAAGGCAACUAAUGCAGCAAAGCUUGUCUCAUGGAGCAUCGAGUCCCAAGUUGUCCAAAAUGCUAGAAGUAUUACUGGAGCAUUUCAAAACCAAUGAUCCACAAAACUCCAGGGUGAUUAUUUUCUCCAAUUACAGAGAAAGUGUCAGGGACAUAAUGGUUGCACUUGGAGGUACUGGGGAUCAAGUUAGAGCUACCGAGUUUAUUGGUCAAAGUUCAGGGAAAGCAAUGAAAGGCCAGUCCCAGAAAGUUCAACAGGCUGUGCUUAAGAAAUUUCGGUCCGGUGCCUACAAUGUCAUUGUUGCUACAUCAAUUGGUGAAGAAGGUCUUGAUAUCAUGGAAGUUGAUCUAGUCAUAUCUUUUGAUGCUAAUAUUUCACCACUUAGAAUGAUUCAGCGUAUGGGGAGAACUGGAAGAAAGCAUGAUGGACGAGUUGUAGUUUUAGCUUGUGAAGGGGCAGAGAUGAAAGGCUACUUGAAAAAAAAGGCAAAGAGCAAGACUAUAAGUAAACACAUGCGAAAUGGGGGCGUAAAUAGCUUUGAUUUUCAUCCCAGUCCAAGGAUGAUUCCCCACGCCCUUAAACCAGAAGUUCAAUAUGUUGAACUGUCUAUUGAGAAAUUUAUUCCUCGUCAAAAGAAUGUGAUAGAAGACCAUCUUCAAAUUUCUGCAUCGAAAGACAAACUCACUCUUGAUGAAAUUGGUUUACUUGAAAAUUAUUUUCCCUCUACCGGUGAAAAUAAAUGUAGACUGUCUCUUAUCGCCUUCCCUCACUUUCAGACAUUUCCUUCUAGAGUUCAUAAAGUGAAGCAUUCCUAUGGAUCGUUGAUGCUUAUAGACACGAUGCAGCGUUUGCAAGGACUGCCUACAUGUCCAGGAGAUAGCGAAAAUUCUUCCCUUCAGGAAAGGCGGUGUUUAGAAAAUAGUAAACCCGUUGUCAUUAUUGAUCUUGAUGAAGCUAAAAACGAUAAUGAAUUAUGCUCUAGGGAUGCAAUGGGAAGGAAUGUAGAUUCUGUAAAUUCUCUGGAGCUUGAUUCUGGUGACAUGGGUAAGCAUCAAGAGGAAACAUGUGAUGUUAAUGAGACAAUUCCUGAGACUCCAGAUGCCAAGAGAACUUUGUCAAAUGAAGGAGCUAAUGCCACUGAAACAGCAAAUCCUAUUGAGCAGUUUUCUUCAUUGGCUGUAGAUGCUUGUGAUACCGACAUGAGAGAUGAAGAACUUAGCCCCCGUUUAACUAAUUUGAUUAUAAGUGGUGUUGUUCCUGAGUCUCCCAUUGAUGAAAGAGGGCAAUCAAGAAACAGGUUUGUCAUUCGAGGUUGUAUUUCACCUGUUCAUCUCCAGGAAGAACAGGAUGUUCCCUCAUUAAGUUGUAGGGAAACUGAAAAAGUCAUUGUUGAUAGUAGCGCUGGUAAGAAUGUAUGUACUUCUGUUAAUGAAACCCAAACCCCUUUGCUCGAGUUGAAGAAUUGUGCAAUUAGAAGAGGACGUGUCUUUGUUUCUCAAAUUGAGGAAGGGCGUAUACAAAAUGUUGACCCAAGCUUCAGCGAAGAAUCACAUCCAGGUUGUGGUGAAAGAUCUGUAACCAUUAAACCUGCUCGCAAAUUUAAAAGGUUGAGGAAAGUUGAAGAUACUGAAAGUAACAUGAAUCAGAAAAAGAAUAAUAUUUUUGAUUCAACAGAGAACGUUUCCAAACCAUCACCUGCCUCCAACCCCAAACGAUAUAAGCAUGGCCAAGGUAUAAGGAAACCAGUAAAUGUGAGAGACUUCAUUGAGGAGGAAGCCGAGGUAUCUUCAGAUGCCUCUGUAUCUAAUGAUGAAGAUGUUGAGGAUGGCAAUUCUUGUGACAGUUUCAUAGAUGACCGAAUCAAUGCUACAGCAGCCAGUCAGCCUGAAGCUAGUAGAAUAGACAUGAUGGCAAUUUACAGGCGUUCGUUGCUCAGUCAAACACCUAUUAGUGGAGGACCAAAGUUUUCCACUACCUUCAGUCCUGACAAUGUGACUAUGACAGCCAGUAUUGGUGAAAGUGGUAAUUCAUCAGGCAAGACAGCGAGUCGUUUCCAGACAGGACAGACCAGUCAUUCAGCUAAUCGAACUUCAGAAUCAGUAUGUCUGGACCAGAUGACCUCAGAAGCAGUGCCUUCGACCAGUUUUCCAACAGAGACAGAUAUAAGAAGCCGUAAAAGAAGAUUGGCAUUUCAUCAUUCUGGACAUUUUCCAAGUAUGAAUCUUGAACCUGAAUUUGCACUUCAAUCAAAGAAAGAAUCAGUGAAUGGCAAUGCAACUAUAGAUGUUCUAUGUGAUGAUCAAUUUUAUAAUGAUAUUGAUCUUGAUGAGUUGGAGGCGCAAGCAACUUCGAUUCUGAAAUGGAAAUUAGAUUUGUCAAUUCCGAAACAAGAUAUAAACCCUCAAUCUCAUGAACCGAACCUUGAUGUUAGUAUGUCUCCAUCAUUCGACCUUGGUAUAUGAUAAGCAGCACAUAAGCACUCAUGGGGUUGGAUACUUGCACAUUUUGGAAAUUAGUUAAUGUUAACCAUCAGUUAAUUGUUCUUGUCUUUAUCUUUAUCGUAUAUAUGUAUUUAUACUACUUACAACACAAGAGAGUACUACCGUUAUUGGCAUUUUUACCUGUAAAAUGCACGAAAUAUAUGUUAUGUCA